AGUUUAAAAAUAUGACAAAUUGAAAAAUAUUAUGUUGGUCGUGUUGACGUUACUAUAUUUUUGUUGUUUUUAUCAUUUUACUUGUGCUCAACAUGACGUCGUAACUAACAGUUUGCACGGAUCACCUGUCAAACCGGACCUCCUGUCACCUGGAGAAUCAAAUGCUGCUGAUUUCGAUUGGAGGAUCUGGCGCGGUUACCCCAUACCCAUCGAGGAGGCGCCCUACACUGUGCUGUACGGUUGGCUGUGUGGAGGCACAAUCAUCGGGCUUCGCUUUGUGAUUACCGCUGCCCAUUGCGAUAAAGAAUAUUUUGUAUACGCCGGGUCACAAUUGAGAGAGGUCAACCAGGAAUACCCCAUCAAGAGGCAUAUAUACCACCCAAACUGGUCGGGUUCGGAGGAUUAUGACUACGAUCUUCUGAUACUUACGCUUGACCGACCUGUGUUUAAUCAGGAUUUUUCAAAGCCCAUCAAUCUCGGAGAAGAGAAGGAUCUUCGUACGGGAGAAGUCGUGUUUGUAAGUGGAUGGGGCCAUGACACGUAUGUGUUCAACAUUACGAAAGGAAAAAGUUAUAUGUCGGACAAACUGCGCCAGGUGCGGAUGUCGUUGCUCGAGCACACUGAUUGCGCGGCUCGUGCUGUUCCCUUUUAUGCGGAAAAGUUCGGUGAAAAAAAAACAAUCACUCCACGUAUGGAAUGCGCCGAAGGCACCGAAGGGGGUCCUUGUUUCGGUGACUACGGCGGUCCAGUGGUAGCCAACAACAAACUGGUGGGGGUGGCGUCGUGGGGGAUUCACUGCGAGCCCUUGCUGGUGUUCAUCAACCUGAUACCUUUCACUGAAUGGAUAGAUACAACUAUGAAGAGUAACUAGCACCAAAAAAGUAGAUUAUUAAUGUGGAAAAUUAAAAAAAAUACACCCAUGUUGAGCAA